CUGAGGAUCCUCGUCUCUAAUUGGAGUCGGCAACGACGACGUCAAGAACGCCGACUUUGAUAUAAAUUGGAUCCCACCGGUGCGGGGGCCUCUUUGACCUCCAAAACCCCCUUCCACUUCUCCAAAUCCAUCCUCCUUCCCACCACCGGAAAUGUCUCUUCCGCCGGUGUCCGACAUGGAGAGCUCUCCCGCGAACCGACUCCUAGAAGCGGACUCGCUGCCCGACGGCUUCGUCGAGAGCUCCACCGAGCCCCCGGCUGCGCCGCCGGACUCCAAGGACGCGUUACACGGUCUUGGUCCCUCCGGCGAGCGGGGAGACGGAUUGUCACUCUCUGGCGCGUCCGAAACCCUAACUCCCGAGAGCUUAGCGGAUGGGCUGCACAAGUUGACAACGAAAAAAUCUACUGAUUUCUUAUCGCAAAAGGACAGUCUUGAUCAUCGCGAUGAUUCAGUGGGAGUGGAACAUAGGAUCUUGAUGCCUACACCGGACAAUGAUCCAUCGGAGAAGUCGAAGGAGAUGAAUUCGCCCCAGAACGAGAUCUCGGUGUCCUCGUCUUCAGAAGAAAGCCGAGGGGACUGUCAGUCCUCUGGAAAAGAUGCUAAAGGGUCCUUGGAGUUACAUACCACCAAUUGGAAGGAAAGAUCCACUGUAGAAUACGCUGAUAGUUUAAAACAUCAAAAGGAUGAAGCAAAACGUAAAGCUGUAAAGCGUGGAAUAAAGUCAGAAGAAGAGUCAUUAGAGUUUACUUUGAAUUAUCAGAAAGUUAUAGCAGAAAGAGAUGCCGCUGUUGCUGUUCGAGAAAGGCUUGAGCCACUUUGUAGAGAGCUGCAGUGUCACAAUAAGAUGCUCAUGGAUGAAUGCCAAAGAUUAUCAACGGAGGGACAGAAUAUGAGACUAGACUUGUCUACAAAAUUUAAUGAUGCAAUCAAGGAUGUAAGUAGUAAGCUCGAGGAGCAGAAAAAUGAGUGCCUUUCUCAACUCAAAGACAAUGAGAUGCUGAGAAAUAAGUUAAAACAUCUUGCUGAUCAAUAUGCUCUCUCUGAACAACAGUUUGCCCAAAAAUUGAAACAAAAAACCCCGGAACUUCAGCUUGCUGAUGUGAAAAUUCGAAAACAACUAGAGAAGUCUGGUCAAGAACAAACUCAGAUGCAACUGUACGCCGAACAAAUUGCACAACUUAUGGCCACUGAGAAGAGUUUGCAUUUACAGCUUGCAGCUGAUGGAGAAAAAUUUCAGCAGUUUCAGGAAGCUUUGUCAAAAAGCAACAAUGUCUUUGAAGCAUUUAAGCAGGAGAUGGAAGAGAUGGCAAAAUUGAUAAAAGAACUUGAGAAGGAAAAUGAAUUUUUAAAGAACAAGUGUGAGAAGUCAGAUAUUGCCCUUGUGAACCUUGUUGAGGAGCUAUUGGGUUCGUCAAAUUCCAUAAAGUGGACGAGUAAAGAUGCUAGGCUAGUGUCGAUUCGGUUUGAUAUGGACCAAACUGUCCGGUUCCGAUCAAUUCCACAAAAGAUGAUCUAUAGGAUCCCUGUUCUCAAUAUAACUAGUUCCUUCAAAGCAUUUUAUUUUUUAUGCAUUUAUGGACUCAGAAACUACAUACAGCAAGAAGCAUUUCUAUAUUAAAGUUGAAGUCCCUCGCAAGAUAGGAGUCUUGGUGGUUGCAGCGCGUCAAAUGCGAUCACGGGACGGGAUUCCUCUUCUGGACACUCGGUUUUUCUUUGAAGCAGAAAAGCUGGAGCCAUUUCUUAAUGCUGAGAAAACUGCCUUCAAGUAGAAAAGUUUGCGGCAAUUUCUUAUGCAACGACGUGAACGAGAGUUUGCGAGGAUUGGGGAAAAGAAAAAAACAAGGUAUAACAACAGGGCCCUGUAAUUAAUUCGUUAGUCAUUCAAGUAACAUUACCUGCAU